AUGGACCAGCCUGUGAACCUUGCGAGCAUACAGCUCCAGUUCCACUGCGGGCCCUACACCCUGACGGGGACUGGCCGCAGAGCGAGCCGAGUUCAUCCUCAGGUCUACCAUUUGACGCUCCGCCGCGACAUCAUCAGUCGCUGCAUUCGCUGGCUGCUGGCACUCUGUCUCCCGAACUCGGCCCACGCUCUCGGCCUCCUCCCGCCGCUCUGGUGCCUACCCCCAACCGUCGUCCUGAAGACGCUAAAGCCCGACUGGGAGGAAGAGUUUGCCAAAGAGGUGCGCGUGUACAAGCGCCUCAAGCCUCUGCAGGGCAGCGUCAUUCCAAUAUUCUACGGGCAGGCCCGGUGCGACGACGGUACCCCGGCAUUGGUGCUCUCCGAUGUAGGCGGUAAAGCGCUCGGUGAGGAUGACGUUUUGGAGAUGGACGAGGCCGAGUUGAGGCGAAUGCUCGAGGAAUCCCUCAGCGCCAUGGUUUCCCUCGGCUUCGAGCAUGACGACAUUAAGCUGGACAAUUUCCGUCUGGAGGAGGAAUCGGCCCUUCAACAACGGCGUGUUUGA